AUGGAAAGGAAACGGAGGGAAGAAGAGGUUGGAGCAAAGUCAACAGGCUACGUCACACAAUGCGGGGAAUGCUCGACAGCAGACGAAUCUGUGAAUGUUCAGGAGAGGCCAGCACCUGACAGGCAGCGUGACGAGCAAGCAGGUUUGCCAUCCAAGGAAAGCGAUGUCGUCAUUGCCAGCACCAGCUUCGACGCGGAUGCAGGUGCUGACUGGCCGUCCGAGCAGUUCCUGCCUUGUAGAGCGCGAGCAGCAGUUCAAGUUAAUCCCAAGCCAGGCAAGAUCGGCGCCCUUGCAGCAGCAAGCUGGAUAAGCGUCCACGAUAGCGGUGGCAGCCCCAGCCUUGUCUCUCCUCCUGCAACUGUCACCGUCGCCGUGGACGUGCGAAUCGACGAUGUCUGCUUCGCACAAGAGAUGGCAUUUGCGCAUGUCGACGCAGAUGCGGCAACGGGGCCAUGCGCAUCCGCUAAUGCACACGAGCCACGGACGGCCGCCAGCCUGCAGCCCUGGGCACUGGCGCGCGUCUCCUCGUCGGGGUGUCGCUGUGCGAGUGGUACCGCUGCUUGUGCACCUCGACAGGCUUCUCCAGCGAAGCCACGGAGCGCUUUUGAAAUCCCACUGCUAGGCCAGUCUACGAUGUACCUGUACUCCCAGGGAACCCGUUCCUGGAUGUUGGUUGUGGAGUGGGAGAUGGAGAUGUGUAUGGAGAUGGGAAAUGGAUGCAAGAACGGGUUUGGCGAGAACCUGCUUUUUCGCCCCGUCCGCUUUGGUGCCUCUGACUUCAUAGCCAGGGUCCAGCUCAAGGGUCCAAGCCAGGGUGGCGGUGUUCGCGGGGAAAGCGCCUCAGGGAAUCCAGCCCUCUGUGGCCUCAGAGCCAUUGCCGACUAUCAGCGCUGGACGCUGCUGGGAAAUCUGGAAAUUCUGCUUCUGCGCAGGUACCGGCCUUGGCUUGUGACAGCUAAAGAGAGAGCAGGUCGGCUGCCCCAGGCGCUGCCGUCAAGGCGAGCGCAGCAACGGCCCGCGCUGCAAGGACAGGCCCAAUUGCCGGUCGAUGGGGAACUGCGCAAAAUUCGAUACUGGCGGCAUCGAGAAACCAAAAACCAGCAUUUCCCCAUGCUCGUUAUCAAUUGA